AUGGAUUACAAAUCGAAAGAGUUUCAAAGAAAUAGAAUAUCUCAUAAGAAGAGGUUCAUAAAUGUGCUUCAAGAACUGCUUCAAAAUUCAAAAAAGAACGUGCAUGAAACGAUCAAAGUCAAGCAUGAAUACAUAGAGUUCUUGCAGCAUACUGACCUCCGAAGAGAUCUAAAAAAGUAUUAUCCUGAUUUGGUUGCAUUCAUCGGUCACAAAUACGGCCAGAUCGACCUCAAAGGUCCAGUUUCUCAAGUAGUGGACGCGACUGUCAUAAUAAAUGAGCAACUACACAAAAUUUGUGAGAAGCAGUUAACGUUAUCUCAGUCAGACUUAGUUUGGAAUAUUGUCGCGAAGAAUCGAUGGAAUGAGUACUUCGCCAGACAACUUUGUAAAGAAAACAUAAAAGCUAAAGUAAGUGAUGCUCUACAGGGUGUCCCAAAAAGCCCAAAACUAUUGAAAUAACGUAUUGUUAGAAUUUGAAUGCCUCAGUACUCUGCUGAACCCACACGUGCAUCAAAGCUUGACGUUUACAUUCCCAAGAGCAGAAAAUCGUGGGCUUUACAAAGAUAUUUUAAUUUCUUAAUAAGUCAAUAUUUAAUAUAUGCACCCUUGUCAAUAUUUUACGCAUCUUUGCAGUCAGCAGAGUGCUGAGGCAUUCAAAUUCUAACAAGACGUUAUUUCAAUAGUUUUGGGUUUUUUGGGACACCCUGUAUAUAUAACCUUAAAUGUAAGUUGCAAGACACAUAAUACAGUACUAUUGCAAUCUUUUAUUGGAUUUAGGUGUGUGUCGGUCCAUCAAAUGCAUUAAUGAUUCUUGGAUUUAGUCAAGAAGAAUGUGAAAGAGCGUUUGAAAUUCUGUUUGAAAUAUUAAAAGAGGAUACAUUGUCUAUCACUGCAGACUGCUCCGUACAAUCUGAUAAAUUUCAAUCGUUGAUCUCUAAGUUACAGCGUGGCGCCUUGGUGCAAAUAGAUGUUUUACCGGAAGAAAAUUCAGUUAGAAUUAUCGGCGUAUACGAAGAUAUCUCAGGAGCUACCAAACAAAUUUAUGACUUCAUCAAAACAGACAGAAUACACAGUGAUACACACAGACCUCAGGUUUCCGAGCACAUUUGGAACUUUCUUCGCGACUGUGAAAAUGUCAAGAAAAUAGCGAAAGAUUUCGAGCAGUAUAGUAUUUCGAUAGAAAUCACGGAGUCUGACGAUUAUGAGCAAUUCCUUGUGCGUGGCUUCAACGAAGGCAUAGAACAGUGUAAACAACGUCUGACGGAGUUCGCUGCAACGAUAGUAGAGCAAGAGAAAAAGUUAGAAUACCCUGGAAUUAAAAGACUGUUUCUUGAUCAAGCCGGGAAGGAGCAGUUGCAAAUGAUUGAAAAGGAAAUGGAUGUCGAAAUUGAGAUUAUAGUUCAAAGUGGCAGAAAAUUUUCAAAAGCUCCAGUCCCUUUGCCAAGGACAUUUUCUCUUCCGACCAAAAAAUCUGAAAGCUUCAUCUACGACUACGACGAGUGUAAUUUCACGACUAAAGAGGGAACAGACGUCUCCUGGAAAUAUGGUAACAUAGGAAAUGAAGCGGUGAGUAGUUUGAAAACAAG